AGGGGUGGGGCCGAGAGGCGCGCGGUGCGCUUCUUGCUGUACUUAAGAGCGUUUGAUUUCAUCAUGGAGAGUAUUUGUGCUAAGUUUGUGUCUCAGAAAAUCAGCAAAACCCGUUGGCGACCGCUGCCGCCCGGGAGCCUGCAAACCUCGGAGACCUUUGCUACGGGAUCUUGGGACAAUGAGGACAAUUAUGUUUCACUGUGGUCUAUUGGAGAUUUUGGAAAUCUGGACUCUGAUGGCGGGUUUGAAGGAGACCAUCAAUUAUUGUGCGAUAUCAGACAUGAUGGUGAUGUCAUGGAUUUACAGUUUUUUGACCAGGAAAGAAUUGUAGCUGCUUCAUCAACUGGAUGUGUAACAGUUUUCCUUCACCAUACAAAUAACCAGACCUUAUCGGUCAACCAGCAGUGGAAGACAGCUCACCACCACACAAAGCCUUACAGUCCUGUCUAUAGAGGUGCACCCUGCACAGGUAUUGUGUGUGACAACCCAGAAAUUGUCACAGUUGGAGAAGAUGGUCGAAUAAAUCUCUUCAGAGUUGACCACAAGGAAGCCGUAAGAACUAUAGACAAUGCAGAUAGUAGUACACUCCAUGCUGUAACUUUCCUUCGAACUCCUGAGAUUGUUACAGUAAAUUCAAUUGGACAAUUAAAAAUAUGGGAUUUCAGACUACAAGGAAACGAGCCCGCUCAGAUAUUAUCACUGAAUGGUGACCGAGUGCCACUCCACUGUGUUGACCGACAUCCCAACCAGCAGCAUGUUGUAGCUACAGGUGGCCAGGACGGAAUGCUGAGUAUUUGGGACGUUAGACAAGGCACUAUGCCUGUAUCUCUGCUGAAGGCUCAUGAAGCUGAAAUGUGGGAAGUUCACUUUCACCCAUCCAAACCAGACCAUCUGUUUACUUGUUCUGAAGAUGGAUCCCUCUGGCACUGGGAUGCCUCCAUAGACAUGCCGGAGAAAUCCUCACUCUUUCACCAAGGAGGACGAUCCAGUACAUUUCUGUCUCACAGCAUUGGUAAUCAGGCUAAUGUUCACCAGUCUGUGAUAAGUUCCUGGCUCAGCACUGAUCCUGCAAGAGACCGAAUUGAAAUCACAAGCUUGCUUCCCACCAGGACUCUGUCAGUGAACAGUUUGGAUGUUUUAGGUCCUUGUCUUGUUUGUGGAACUGAUGCAGAAGCAAUUUAUGUUAGCAGACAACUAUUUUCAUGAAAACACUGUGAAUAUAAGUUUUCAAGUAAAACAUGGACUUUUGAAUUCCAACUUCUGUGCAAAACUUUGUUACUGGAAAAUGUGAUAUUUGCAAGGGAAUCAUUGGUAAAUUACUGUUCAUGUUGAUCCCCA